AUGAAAACCCCCGUUACCAUACUGGCGGCCUUGACCGCAGCCAUCACAGUAGCGGGUAGGCCAUUCCGAACCAACGGGACAGAGCUCAACAAGCAUGCAAUGAUCGGGUAUCUGCAUGCUAGUUUUGCUAACGGUUCUGGUUACAUGAAACUCGCAGACGUGCCUGACGAAUGGGACAUUAUUGAACUGGCCUUUGGGGAACCCACUUCCGUGGACUCAGGUGAUAUCAAGUUUGCCUUGUGUCCCAAGACAGAAUGCCCUAAUGUCGAGAGCGAGGAGGAGUUCAAGGCUGCCAUCAAAGCCAAGCGAGCCAAGGGAAAGAAAGUUCUCCUAUCAAUCGGAGGGCAGAAUGGCCAGGUCCAGCUCAAAACGAACGAAGCAAGGGAUAAAUUCGUCAGUUCGGUUGGGGGUAUCAUCGACAAGUACGGCCUUGAUGGCCUGGACAUCGAUUUCGAGGGACACUCCCUCUACCUCGACCAAGGAGACACCGACUUCAAGAACCCAAAGACGUCUGUUAUUGUCAACUUGAUUUCUGCCCUGAAAACCCUCAAGGCAAAGUAUGGUAAGGCUUUUGUCUUGACCAUGGCGCCAGAGACUUUCUUCGUGCAGCUGGGCUACAGUUCCUAUGGCCCCUCGAAUGGCAACGAUGCCCGCGCGGGAUCCUAUCUGCCCGUCAUCCACGCCAUGCGUGACGACUUGACUGUUCUGCAGGUCCAGAACUACAACUCCGGCCCGAUCAUUGGUCUUGAUGACCAGUACCACAACGUCGGCUCUCCGGACUUCCUCGUCGCCAUGGCGGAUAUGCUCAAGACCGGUUUCUCUGUGGCCAGGACGAACAACACCUUCCCGCCGUUGAGAGAGGAUCAGAUUGCUAUUGGACUUCCAUCCACCGUCAACGCUGGCAACGGCUUCAUCGACGCAAACGGCGUACAGCAAGCCCUGAACUGCUUGAUGAAGGGCGAGUCUUGCGGGGCCUACAAGCCUCGCGGUGGUAAGUCCCCGUCCUUCAGAGGCCUGAUGACGUGGUCCAUCAACUGGGACAAAUUCUCCAACUGGGAGUUCAUGAACCCUCACCGCAAGUACCUCGACAGCUUCCCUUGA